UUUAUAUGCCGUCAAAGCCCCAAAACUCUCUCGUGCUUGCUCCUAGAUUUUCCUUCUCUUUCUCAUCGUUUCUUGCGAGAGAAAAUUAGAAUAAAGGCUCCAUACUCAGUCAAACUCCUCCAAUUGCAACCUUCCUCUUCCUCUCAGAGACCAAAGAUGAAGAAAUCUGGACUCCUUGCAGCCUACGUGGCAGCUGCUUCCGCCACAGCAGUCUCUGUUUCAUCACCCUCUUCCUCCGCUUCUCUGCAGACUCUGCAUCAGGAUGCGACGGUUCAGAGGAACCAAGAGAACUCAUCAUCGGCGAGUUCGUCCUCUGCAGACAAAUUUGCGCCGAGAUUUGACGGUUUGCGAUUCAUUGAGACAUUGGUGACUGCCCACAGAUGAAUGAAGCGUUGUUUCAGCGCAAGGCUUGUUCUUGAUUUUUCUUUUCCUCCUCCUCGCACUUGAUCUUCUGGGUCAUGGGGUGUCUGGGAAAUUGAUCCAGGGGAAAGAUUUCAGCCUUUUACUUGUAUUUUUCCCGUGGGAUUAUUAUUAUCAGUAAGAUUAGCGAAGCAGAGAAACUGUAUCAUGACGGGUUAUGGUGUGGUGGCAUUCUUCUGACGAACUUGUGACUCCUCGUUUCUCAUAUGAAAUGAAAAUUUUCCUUACUAAA